GUGUGUCCGAGAAUGUCUUUACGUUUUUGUCACGUGAGUGAAUGUGGGGUCCAAGACAGAAUUUCUUGUGUUUUCAUCCGUUGAUUAUAUUGUAUUGUGGACCCUUGAUGUGAAAUCAAGAUCAUGAAUCAAGAGAUAUGUUUUUAUUUUUCUCUAGUGUUCCAAUUGAGAACAGUUAACAAUUCUUGCUUAGGAAUAACAGAGGACACAUAAAUGAUCAUUUAAAUUUGUGGGACGGAGUUGGAUGCGCGAUUUGUUUUGUUUUACAUGAUUGUUUUGAACAUAUCUUCGAUUGACAACUGUGCUUUUCCUCAUUGAUGAUGAGGGCAUACGACUACUAUAGUGUUGUUGUGUUAUGUUGUGUCUUAAUUGCAUCAGUCGAGUUGUGAGUUACACUUGUGUUUGCAUGUCAUCUACAUGGUUGUCAUUUCAAUGACAUGUACAUGGUUGUCAUUUGCACGUUUGUUAAACAAUUACAUUGGCCUAACCUCACUUGUUGGCGAUAGAAGGCAGUCGUUUAAUGCUUAUUCGGUAUCUUGUUUAACUGUAGGAUUUCCUAUUUGAGCAUUGAGCCUUGUAGGAUAUUUCAAUAUGUAUUGGUAUCUGCAAUGUAAUCAACUCGUAUUUCAAGAUGUGAACGUUGAUUAGGCGGUUGCAUAAAUAAAGUUCUGAACAACUACGCGUAUAAUUUGCCGCCCCACUUACCUAUUUAAUAGGAUCCAGUCAAAUACUUUUUAUAUUGAAAUGGCUUCAUAUUGCAAGCUCCAGCUGUCUACGAGACAAAUAAAGAAACUAAUAGUCUAAUUCCCUCAGGUAGUUAUUGGAAUCAUCCACAGACCAUUAUAAUGGACUGGAUAUUUAUAAAGUUUGGUCCCAUGGGAGUUAACUUUUAGCGUUAUAUGGCCAACUUGCUUGUAAUAGAAUAUUCAGAAAUAGAAACCAUACUUUUUUAAAAAGUUGUUUUUCUCCAAUUAAACAGUUCUCGACUUUAUUCAUGUCCUUCAUGCAAGCACUGAUGGUGCAAUUAGUCAUCUUUUUGCAGAUUACACGGCAAUAGAUGCAUACGAAGUGAAAUUUCCAUUAUCUCACGUGUCAAAGGCAAAACAAAAAGACAUUCCACAUACCUUUAAUGUGGCUUCAAUCUAUGUGUAAAAACGUUUGCUUUUUCUUUUUAUUGGGACAUGCUUAUUGAUUAUUCUACUCAGCUGUUGUUGUGUUCAUUAUCAUCAUUAUCGUAAAUAUUAUGUUCUUUAGCUGUUCGGAAGUAUUGCUGUUAUUACCUUAACAUUUGGAGCGCCAUUUGUUGCAUAGCGACCUCGUUGUUUAUGAUUUCUUGCUUUUCAGAUGGUUUCAGUCAAGCGAUCUGCAGUUACCCCGAGUAAAAGUAGGUGGGCUCGCACUUUCUCUAAGAUUUUCCACAUUGGAGAUGUGACAGCGAAAGGUUCAGACGAUCAAAUCCAAGAGACUUUAUCUGAUGAGAAGAUGGCUGAUAAUCCAAUUAUGAAUAGAAAACUUCCCUCUGACGAUGAAGACGAGGAGAUUCGAGAUAGGGCAGUGAAAGAAGCUUUUCUUUCGAAACUGUUUGCUAGCCUCUCUACUGUUAAAGCCGCAUAUGCCCAGUUGCAGUUUGCGCAGUCUCCUUAUGAUGCUGAUGGGAUUCAAUCUGCAGAUCAGAUUAUAGUUUCUGAGCUGAUGAAUUUGUCUGAACUGAAGCAGUGCUACUUGAAGAAUCAAUUGAAUGAGACAUCUCCAGAGGCUACUCAGAUUUCGGCUGAAAUUCAAGAGCAGAAGAGUCUGCUGAGAACUUAUGAAAUCAUGAGUAAGAAAUUGGAUUAUCAGCUUAAACUUAAAAACUCUGAAAUAACCUUUCUUAAAGAGAAAUUGGCAGAAGCCAAUAGAGAUAACAAGUCACUAGAGAAGAGAUUAUAUUCAAGUGGACAGUUAGCCGUGCCGGACAAUAUUCAUUUAUCCGGGUUAAGCCCCAGCCAUUUUGUUGCAUAUCUUAGGCAGUCGAUAAAAUCAGUUCGGAGUUUUGUGCGAUUGCUAAUUAGUGAGAUGGAAUCUGCAGGGUGGGAUUUGGAUGCUGCAGCCACUUCGAUUGAACCGGAUGUUUUUUUCUGGAAGCCAAACCACAAAUGUUUUGCUUUUGAAUCAUUUGUUUGCAAAGAAAUGUUUGAUGGUUUUAAUUACCCAAAUUUCUCAGCCGAUCAUGAGUCCUUGCUCGAGCAGAAAAAACAACAACAGCUAUUCUUUGAUGAAUUCAUGGAGUUGAAAUCUGUUAGACCAGCCGACUACUUAGCAUGGAAGCCUAAAUCUACAUUUGCAACAUUUUGUCAAACUAAAUACUUGCGACUUAUUCAUCCAAAGAUGGAAUCAUCACUUUCCGGUGAUUUGGAUCAGUGGAAAUCAGUGAAUUCAGGUGAAUACCCGGAAGUUCCCUUCUUCCUAUCAUUUGCUGAAAUGGCAAAGCGCAUAUGGCUCCUCCACUGCCUGGCAUUUUCUUUUGAUCCCAAAGUCUCGAUCUUUCAAGUGAGCAAGAAGAGUCGUUUUUCUGAAGUUUAUAUGGAGAGCUUAAGCGAUGAGGCUUUCUUGUCAUCAGAUGGCACACCCGAAAACUACCCUCAUGUGGCUUUCGCAGUGGUUCCAGGAUUUAGGAUCGGGAAGACCGUUAUUCAAUGUCAGGUGUAUCUUCACUGAUCAUGAAUUCCAAACUACUCUCAACUCUAAUUCGAAGUUUAAUAUGGUAGAUUUUACAGUACUGGAUAACAUUAAAGAAGAAAAAGACAUUAGGAAUAUUGUU